AUGUCAGCUGUGACCAAUCAACCUCUUCCAUAUGGUGGACUGGAGCGAGAGAAACACAUCCAGAUGAUCUUCCGAGCUUUCCAGACCCGCUGUGGGCCUUCAUGUGAGUGCGACGCUCACUUAACUGGACCCAAACCACUCCAACCACCUCCCGACUGGGAAUCUGACCAGCAGACAUCAGCUCUGGCUCCUGGAGGGAAGGUGGAGAACAUCUUCAUCAUUCAGCCAUCUGGAAAAGCGAACAUACAUGGGGUAGAGGAGCAGCAGCCAGGUGGUGUGUUGGGAUCAAACUUAAUGUCUGUGCUGGAGACAGUCAGUCAGAUACACAUCACUGCCAGACCAGAGCUGCAAGGUCCGCAGUGUGUUCCUAGGAGGGUGUACAGCAUCACUACAGGAGGCAGCAGGUCACAGUUAUUUGUGGCUGUAGAAGAGAGUUCUUGUGUGUGCCUCCAGUGUUGUGGUCCAGCUCGGGCAUGUACCUUGCAGGGCUUUGACUGCCAGGGUCGCCAGGUCUUUUAUUUUGAAAGGCCCUUAAGAGUGGAUGCCUGCUGCCUUGGCUGCUGCAUGAUGGAGAUGAGAGCCUACGCACCUCAAACACAUCUCAUUGGCUCUGUUUAUCAGAGGUGGAGCAUGUUCACUCCUCUGCUGGAGGUGUGUGAUCCAGACGGAGUAUCAAGCUUCAGAAUCCAGAGCUCCUGCUGUCCAAACCGUUGCUUUUCCAACCAGCAAUUCCAGAUUGUCUCCAAUGUUGGUGAGAAAGUAGGCACCAUAUGGAAGAAAUGGCUGGGCUUCAACGAGGAGCAUAACAUGGACCAUGAAUAUUUUGGGUUGGAGGUGCCACUGAGUAUGGACUCACACACCAAACUGCUGCUACUAGCUGCUUCCUUCUUGUUGAAUCACAUGUUCUUUGAAAUGAGCUGAUCAUUGAGAGGGAUCAACCAUGAGUAAAAGACAUUAUUUAGAUCUGUAACUUCCUGGGCUGAAAAAUGGAAAUCAGUGCAGUUGCAAAAAUGCUGCAGUUCCCCUUUUGUCCACAAGAGUCUGACUCCAAAACUGAGUCCAUCUCCAUAGACCCCAUUUAAAAAUGUCAAACUCAAACGCAUUAGGAAACAUGUUUAUUGCCUGGUAAGUAAACAGUUUUUUGGGGAUGAAUAACUUAUUACACUACUGGUAUAUAUCCCAACUUACAAGGGGGAUUGAACUAUGUUAAUAUUAAGUUUCAUGUUAAUGAAUAAUGAAAAGCACUAACACUAGCUGUCUGUAAGUUUUCAUUUCAGCUUUCACUAAGCCUCUAGUCCUCACCAUACCUAGCUUUUGUAUUAGUCAACCAGGUAAUAAAUUAAUUCUAGGUAAAGCUCUUUAGCCUCCAUAACCUGUCUCCAGCUCCAACCUCUGACAUUAAUAUGCAGCUUGGCCCAAGAAAAGAGGAAAAGGACAGGCUGAUUUCAAACUUUAGGCUUAAAAAGGAUCGCCCACAAACCAAUGAUUGACUUCAAUUGGAUCUAUUAACUUUUUUAAUACACUUUCUGGUUUUUCACAAACAUUUAUAAAAAAGAUUAAAUAAAAGACACAGAACUAGCUUUAGCAGCAGAUGCAUAUUUGACAUUUAUUGCUAUAAUCCAUCAGGUGUACAUCCAGCAGUGUUGCUUCACUUCGGACAUACACUCCCACCCAUCGCCACACCAGCAAAUAAGGGCAGCAUUACAGUUUUUCAACAAACUGUGUUCUCUCUUAAUCUGGUUCCAAAAAAUGCUCCCGAAGAAUUAAUAAAAACUGUAACAGAGUCUGACCCUGGGCCCAGUUUCAUUUCUGAAAAAUGGAAAAGGGAGUGAAGGUCAGUGUUCCAGGACUUCUGUACACCUUUGUUGAGGACAUUAAAGCAGAGCCCAUCCCAUGGAUUCUUUAAAAGGCAGGGGAAAAAGACAAAACAGAAGGGAAAACUGGUUCGGGUUGGGCUCUUGGCCAGGCACAGUGAUUUAGGCAGCUUGGCAGUCCAUUCUAAAGAUGCCGAUUAUAAAACCCUCUGCCCAACACGGGAUGGUCUUCAUCCUUUGGAAUUCGAAUUCCAGGUCAAAGAUGGAGAAUCACAGUUGAUUCAGAUGAGUGAUCUUUGAAGUGGUCUGUAUUUACAAAUAUAUCAUACACAAUAAUAGUAAUCUUUCUUGUUGGAAAUGUCCAGAGGAACUGUAGUUAAAAUACAGCACUGUAAUAAAAUAACAUCUACCUGCAACCCUGUUUGAGUCCCAAUGUAACAAGUUUAACACAAACACAUUAAAUCAUCAAGUGUGGUGUUUUGUUAAGCAAUGAUAUCCAGUAUUAUAGCAGAUUGUUGGGUUUUUGUCAAGUACACUUUGUUAACAGCUAAUGACCAGAUCAGCAAAAAACAGUCACGUGACCUCCCUCAGGAGGGGCAGUUAAUAGGAUGUUACAAACUGCAUAAAAAAA